AUGCGACUGUCGCGUCAGCUGCCACGGCUUGCCCUCCACCUUCGAGGCGUGUCCACACUUACCAACAAUCCGCAUAUCCAUGUCUUCCAGAAUCCAAACGGAGGACCCUCGCACCUUCUCUCGCUGCUAGCCACUGACCCCCCAACACCUUCUCUGGCAAUAGGCUCCUCAAGCCAACUCCCCCCGACGGCUUCUUCCUUCGCCGAGAAUCCCAGCUUCCUUCCUCUCCUGCACUCUGUUAUUGCUGAAAAUGCUUCUUCCGACCCAAUGAUACAGUCUCAAGCUGCAGUGAUGAUCUCCUCUUCUGGGACGAACCUCUUUCAACCUAAACGCAGACAGGAGACCGGUGGCUUUGGUGCCAGUGACCAAGGCGGGUAUGGCGGUGGAGGCAGAGGUGGCUGGGUCCAUGUCUCUGACCUCCGCCACAUACCCGACUUUGGUCGAAUAGCAGAGCCUGAAGACAUCUUUGGGAGUGUUGAAGUCGAUGGCGAUGGCCAAUUUGUUGAUGGCACUGGAAGAUAUCAGGAGAGUGGUACAUACAGGAUCUGCACAAAUGACGGCAUUCUUGGCCUCAGCGACUUUAUGAGAGCAAAAUUGGUCGAAAGAUUGAAGCUCGAAGAAGCCGCCCAAAAGAAUAAAUCUUGA